AAUGAAUGCUUUCUUAAGUUUUACUUUAAUUGAGGGUGGUAGGAUUUCAACCCUUAUAUUCACAUCUUAUUCAAUUACAUAAUAAUAAAUUUAUUGAUUUUUUUUUUUUUUUUUAUAUCAAUGGAAAAAUUUAUAAUUUGAGUAUGAUAUUUUGUUAUCAAUGCAACGAAGCUAGCUUCAAGCUCCAUGGCAAGAAAUGAAUCCAAGUGAUGAAGAAGAUUGAGAUUGGGGUAAUUGAAGUGUGGAGAGGGAGGUAAGAGGAUGUUAAAAGAAGAAGCCUAAUGAAAGGAGAUGCAAUAAUUAUAUUGUUGGAGGGUAUGUCAGCAAUUGUGAGAAAUGACAGGCCAAUUCAUGGUUGCCAAAAUCUUGUAGUCACUCUCUUGCUUGGGAAGAAGAAAGGAUAUGGAUAUGGCGUGAUUAGGUGGAAGUGUUCAGAACGAAACUCACAAGAAAACUCAAAUUCCCAAACUUAAAACCAAAACAAUUAACAAAUCUCUCUGUUUCUUGCUUUCUUUUUCUUUGUUUUUUUAAGAGAAGAAAGAGAAACGAAAACGAUAUAUCCCACUCUCUCACUCUGCUGCCAUUGCAAAAUUUGGUCUGUUCUUUUUUUUUUUUUUUUUACCAUUGGCCUCCUCCUUUUUUUCUCUUCUCUAUCAUCAAUUAUUUUUAUUACAAUUGCAAAAUUUACAACCCCCUUUUCCCACCAAUUUUAUUUUUCUGUUGGGUUAUGGUUUCUGGAGGCUCUUCUUUCGAGUUCUGAACUUUUUGGUACUCUCUCUUUCUUUCUUUUUCUUUGUCUUCCACGUUCCAUCAUCUCAAAUAUCUUUCCCACACUAACACAGAUUCAGACCAAAUUAUAUAUAUAUUAUAUACACGUACGAGCAGUAUAGAGUGCAAAUUCAGAAGCUAAUCUCAUCCAUUCUGAUUUAACUCACACUUCAUUCCUUCACCCAUACACUUUUUUUUUUUUUUGCUUUCUAUCUGAUAACCUUUUUUUGCUUAGUUUUAUUUUAAACCUCCUCUUCUCUAGGGAGAAUUUCCUGUCUCUUUCACAUUCUGGCUUCUCUUUCUCCCUCUCUCUCUCUUUGUGAGAAGAGAAGGAAAAAGAAAAAAAUGGGGUGUGAGUGUAUCAACAAUGGCGUCAUUGGCCGGCGCAGCAGAAUAAUCUUAUGUCCGAUUGUUUCUCUUCUCUUUUUUCUGAUUUUGGUAUCGACCCAGAUGAGAUUCAUGGCUGAAGGAAGAUUUAUUUCAAGGAACGGCAAGACAGUGAAUAAUAGUGAAGAUAAAAUGGUAUUAAGAGGACAAAUUGGGUCAAGACCACCAAAAUGUGAGAGAAGAUGUAGCUGGUGUGGUCAUUGUGAAGCCAUCCAAGUUCCAGCAAAUCCACAAAAAUCAGGAACUAAAAACUCCUCAACAAUGAAGAACAUAGCUUAUGCUAGAGAUGAAGCUUCCAAUUACAAGCCUAUGAGCUGGAAAUGCAAAUGUGGGAGCUUAAUCUUCAAUCCUUAAAAACACCCUUCCUCCACUAAUCUCUUUCUCUGUAAAUUAGUGAUUAUCAUUAUAUAUAUGAUUGUUAAUUUCUUCAA